AUGAAGUCUAGCACCACCUUCGCAGUAGAGAUCCAGCAAGAUGCCGUGGACGCCGCCGACAAGCCGGAUGGCGGCGUGCCCCGGCCGUCUCGGGUCCGCCAUCUCGCUCUUCUCACCGCCACCUUCUGCGCACUGGUCUUCUACGCGCACUACGGCGUACCAGGCAGCAUGGCGUCCGCCCUGUUUAAGCCACCCGUCACCGUUUCAUCCCUUCCCUCGCUAGCCAGCAUCACCAUCGACCAAAACUCCAGACGGGCGGAGCAGCCGGUGAUGCUGAGUGAGGGACAUGCACCGCUCACUCCUCAGGCGACAGUGCUCCAGGCCACUCGGAGCACGGCGGUGCCGGCGCCGACGCGGACGCCGUCCGACCAUUGCGAUGGGCGGUACAUCUACAUGUACGACAUGCCGCCGCGCUUCAACGUCGACCUCCUCCGAGACUGCGGCAAGGGCAGGCUCCACCCGUGGUUGGACAUGUGCCCGUACGUGGCCAACGACGGCAUGGGCCAGCCGCUGGCGGACGACGGGGGCGUCUUCCCCGGCCGUGGCUGCUACUCCACCGACCAGUUCAUGCUCGACCUCAUCUUCCACGCGCGGAUGAAGCGCUACGAGUGCCUGACCAAGGAUCCCUCCCUCGCCGCCGCCGUCUUCGUCCCCUUCUACGCCGGCCUCGAAUCCGGGAGGUACCUCUAUAAUUACAGCAUCUCGACGCGAGACGCGCUCCAGCUCGACGCCAUCGACUGGCUGGUGCGUCGCCCCGAGUGGCGGGCCAUGGGGGGCCGUGACCACUUCUUGGUGGCUGGCCGGACCACGUGGGACUUCCGGCGGGAGGCCGACGUCGACGAGCUGUGGGGCACCAAGCUGCUCACGUACCCGGCCGUCGAGAACAUGACGGCCUUCGUCCUGGAGACAUCCCCGUUGACUCGGAGCAACUUCGCGGUACCCUACCCGACGUACUUCCAUCCUGAGGCCGCCGCCGAUGUGCUCGCCUGGCAAGAGAGACUUCGGAAGGUGAGGCGGAGGUGGCUCUUCUCCUUCGCCGGCGCCCCACGCCCCGGCAGCAAGAAAACCGUCCGCGCGCAGAUCAUCAGGCAGUGCCGCGCGUCCAGCCUGUGCAACCUCUUCCACUGCGGCGGCGUCAUCGGCGGCGGUGCGGCCGACUGCAACUCGCCAGCAGGCGUCAUGCGCGUCUUCGAGACGUCGGAUUUCUGCCUGGAGCCGCGCGGGGACACGGCGACGCGGCGGUCAACGUUCGACGCCAUCCUUGCCGGCUGCAUCCCGGUCUUCUUCCACCCCGGGUCGGCGUACACUCAGUACACGCUGCACUUUCCGAGGGACCACGGGAGGUACUCGGUGCUCAUCCCGCACGCCGGCGUUGCCGCGGGGAACGUGAGCAUCGAGGAGACCCUGAGGAAGAUCCCGCCGGAGGAGGUGAAGAGGAUGCGGGAGGAGGUGGUCCGGCUCAUCCCGAGGGUGGUGUACGCGGACCCCAGGUCCCGGCGCGUGGGCUUCAGGGACGCGUUCGAUGUCGCGCUGGAGGCCGUCAUCGGUCGGGUGGCGAAGCGGCGGCGGGGCGAGGCCGCCGGCCGGUAG